AGCCGGGGCCGCUCAGGUAGAUCACAGUCUCUCAGGAAAUAUCGAAACACACACUCUCUCUCACACACACACACACGCACACUGUCCAAGGACAACCAGCCGGGAUUUACCAGACCUUUCCGCAUCGAGAGGAACACAGCAGCCGUGAUUUGCGGUUUCAAGCCUCCGUCAGCGCCGCUGGAGGUUUCAGUCCGACAUGGAUCUCUUUUUCCGGGGAGUGUGUUUUUAGGGAUAACAUCCGGGAGACGGAGUCUUUCUGAUCGACGGCGGCUCGCCGGGGUCCUGCUGAUGGACCAGGACACUCAGUGGCUGUACCAGCUCCUGGCUGAGGUCCAGCUGGAGAAGUUCUACCUGAGCGUCAGGGAUGGCCUCAACAUCACGCGCAUCGAGCACUUCAACUACGUGAAGGAGAGCGACCUGGAGCAGAUCGGAAUCAGCAAACCAGCACAGAGGAGGUUAUGGGAGGCUCUGAAACGCUACAAGACCAGCUCUCGCUCCCGAUCGUGGCUCCCCAAGGUGUUUACCGGCCGGGGCUCAGAAAACGCGGAGCAGCAGUCCGGCGGCGGCGGCGGCGGUCAGAGCCAGGAGGCCAGCAGCCGGGCGCUGCCGUCGCUCAUCCAGGACAGCGAGCUGCACCUGGGGGAGAAGCUGGGCUCGGGCUCCUUCGGGGUGGUGCGGCGGGGCGAGUGGCACACGCCCACAGGGAGAGUGCUGCACGUGGCGGUGAAGUCCCUGAGGAGCAGCACGUCGAAGCAGGCGGAGACCCUGAAGGACUUCCUGCAGGAGGUGACCACCAUGCAGGCACUGGACCACCCCAACAUCAUCCGGCUGUACGGCGUGGUGCUGACGCAGCCGCUCAAGAUGGUGACGGAGCUGGCUCUGCUGGGCUCGCUGUACGACACGCUGCGCUCCCGCCAGUUCGAGUUCCCCCUGGUGCGCCUGUGGCUCUUCGCCACGCAGAUCGCGGCGGGCAUGGACUACCUGGAGACCAAGAGGUUCAUCCACCGCGACCUGGCGGCGCGCAACGUGCUGCUGGCCGCCAAGGAGACGGUGAAGAUCGGAGACUUCGGGCUGAUGCGAGGCCUGAGCGAGGAGUCGGACCACUACGUCAUGACGGCGCACAAGAAGAUCCCGUUUGCAUGGUGUGCGCCCGAGAGCCUCCGUGUGGGCUCGUUCUCCCACGCCUCCGACGUCUGGAUGUUCGGCGUCACCAUGUGGGAGAUGUUCACCUACUGCGAAGAGCCCUGGUUCGGCCUGUCGGGGCGACAGAUCCUGUGGCGCGUCGAGCGGGAGGGCGAGCGUCUGGAGAAGCCGCCGGACUGCCCCCAGGAGCUGUACGCCGUCAUGAGGAAGUGCUGGGCCUGCAAUCCCACCGACAGACCCAACUUCGCCAAGCUCACCGCCAUGGUGGCCGAGGCCAAACCGCUGGAGGUUCAGGCAACGAGAGACUUCAGUGAGCCCAGGAAGCUCGCCCUGACGGCCAACGACCCAGUGACCGUCAUCGACCACGGCCUGGAGCUGAGCGAGUGGCGCGGUCAGAACCAGAGGACGCUGAACGUGGGCUGGUUCCCCGCCAGCCUCACCGUGCCGGCUUUUCCCAUCGCUGCGUCCAGCGGCGGCGCCGCGGCAGUGGCUGCCGCCACCGCCACCGCCACCAACUCCCCCCACAUUUCAGCUCCAGUAAAGGGCAGCCUGCAGCACGCCUCGCAUGGAGACACACACCCCAAGCGCAGCUGGGGAGCGCCGGACAGCCUGGACGACAGCGGCAGCUUCCGGCCGGGCGCCUUCAGGGACAAGGACGGAUCCAACCUGCAGCGGAUGACAGGUAUGUCUCUGAGCCUGGAGUCGGUGAUGAGCGGCCCUCGGCCCCGGGCCCACACCUUCGGGGAGGUCCGGGUGGACCAGCACGGCCGCCUGCUGCCUCCCGGCAUGGCGGCGGUGGCCCGCAGCGUGGCGCCGCAGCAGGACCCCCGCCGCUUCAGCGAGGCCAGCAUCGCCCCCCCUCCCCGGCCGGCGCCGCCCAACCUGAAGCGGGGAAACGUGCGGUCCCAGCGGAGAACCCCGCAGUUCCCCCCUCCUGCUCCUCCUCCGGGAACCUCCUGGCCCCCGCAGAUGGUCCCGGUGGCCGCGGGGCCCCCGCCCCACCCCCACCCCCUCCCCCCGCCCCAGCAGGCCUUCGCGGGGUCCAACCUGGGCAGGAUGGCCCACAUGGCGCGCUCCACGCCGCAGCUGGACGAGCCGGACACCAGAGAUCGGGAGCGGGAGCGGGAGCGGGAGCGGCGGUACCGGGAGAAGUCCCCUCACGUGCACGGCUCGCGGGACGCCGUCGUCGCCCAGAUCAUGGAGGCGGUGCACGGCGUGACCAUCGAGGAGGUCCAGAAGGCGCUGCACCGCAGCGAGUGGAACCCGGUCCGGGCCGAGCAGCACCUCAAGCUGGAGCAGCUCUACUCCCUCAGCCUCUGCUCCAAAGAGGACUGCCUGAAGAUCCUGACCCGGUACCAGUGGAACCUGCAGCUGGCCAGCCGCUACCUCAUCAAGUGGUACCGGGACGGGCGGCCCGCCGUCAGCGCCGAGAGGCGCGUCUGACGAGACUGAUCCAGCUCCAGGACUGACGCGGUGGAGCAGUGGAGCGGCUGUCGCCCAACGCUUUCACCCCGGAUCCGUCUGGUGUGUGUGAAUCGUAGAAGAAAGAAGAUGGAGGAAACUCACAGGACGAAACGCUCCACGGUUCUGUUUUUAUACUCGAGAAGAAACACUGUCAAGCACACUUUUUUUUUUGGAAAAUAUCUUUUUCUACUUUGAUUCAUUUGUACAUAUUGUUUUAGAAAAUGUUUUGUUGAAUAAACAUGACGGUUUGGUGUUAAUCUUUCA